ACGUUGUCGGUAUUGCACAUGAAACAGGGGAAUUGCAGACAAUAACUGCGAAGGCAUCCCAGCGGGAGUUACAAAAGCGGGAUGUCGGCCUAGUCGACACCUCCGGCUGUUUAGUUCGCCUCACGCUCUGGGGCACCGAAGCGGCCGAAUUUGACGGCUCCACGAAUCCCGCUGUGGUUAUUAAGGCUGCCAAGAUCUCCGAUUUCAAU